UAUGAAAUAGGCAGGAACAUUGAGUGGGAAAACUGGAGCUGUGAAUGUGAUGGAUUGGGGUGCUAACUCUCUUUAUAAAGAAAUGGAACCCAAAUCCCUUGCCGUUGUGGAAUCUACAAGUACAAUCCAUCCUAUAGAUACCGGGCCAGAGAAAGCUCCUACAACAAAAACAAGGAAAAAGACCAUGACAUCAGUGUAUCUCAAGUACUUUGAGACAGCUCCAGAUGGGAAAAUUAGGAAGUGUAAAUUUUGUGGACAGAGUUAUUCAAUUGCAACAGCCACUGGCAACUUGGGCAGACAUCUCAGCAAUCGCCAUCCGGGAUAUGAUAUAACAGUGAAUGUUGCUAGUCCUGCGCAACAGCCUGUCAUUGUUCCCAAGAAGCCUCAACCUCAAUCUCAAGCUCAUGCCAAAGUACCUCAGUUGGAGCUCGAUCAUUUGAACUGGUUGCUUGUCAAGUGGCUUAUUCUUGCAUCUCUUCCUCCUUCUACUUUGGACGAACAUUGGAUUGUGAAUUCAUUUAAAUUUCUUAAUCCAACCGUAAAACUUUGGCCUAGAGAAAAGUUCCAAACAGUACUUUAUGAAGUUUUUAGAAGCAUGCAGGAAGAUGUGAGGGUGAUAGUGGACCAAAUUUCUUCCAAAGUCUCUAUUACUCUUGAUUUCUGGACAUCUUACGAGCAACUCCUCUAUAUGAGCAUCACAUGCCAAUGGAUUGACGAAAAUUGGUCUUUCCAGAGGUUGCUCCUUGAUAUUUGUCACAUAUCCUCUCCUUGUGGGGCUACUGAAAUUUCUCACGCUUUGUUGAAGGUCCUUAAUCUGUAUAAUAUUGACAACAGAGUCCUCUGUUGCACACAUGAUAAUAGUCCGAUUGCACUGCAUGCAUGUCAUACACUCAAAGAAGAUAUGGACAGCCAAAAUACGAGUCAUUUCUACUAUCUUCCAUGUGCUGCUCAUACUUUGAAUUCAAUCAUAAAUGAUGGACUAAGAUCUACAAAGACAAUAAUUUCCAAAAUAAGGGAGUUUGUCCUAAAGGUGAACACGUCCUUUGAGAUUUCUCAAGAUUUUCUCCAAUGUUGCAAUGCUUAUCAAGAAGGCAAUUGGCAAGUCCCUCUUGAUGCCUCGCCUCGUUGGAGUGGCAAUUAUCAGAUGCUUGACAUUGCACGGAAGGCAGGUAAAUCAAUGGAAACUAUUGUCCGAAAAUAUGAUGAGCUAUUAGGCAGUAGGGUGCUCCUCAGCACCAUGGAGAAGAAUGCUGUGAAUAUCAUGCAUGCAUAUUUAGAACCUUUCUAUAAAACCAUCAAUGACAUAUGUACAAACAAAGUACUAACAAUUGGCCUGGUUCUUUUCUUCAUGGAUCACAUUUCUGAAAUAAUUGCAGCCUCUAAAGACUCUCGACACAGCCCUGACUGGCUCAAAAGUGCUGAGGAAAUGGCUACGAAAGCCCGGAGCUACAAUGACCAGGUCUGCAAUGUCUUCACAUAUAUGACUGCCAUUCUUGAUCCAAGAAUAAAGGUUGAGCUCAUUCCAGAAAGUCUCAACUCCGAAAAUCACUUGGAGGAAGCCAGAAGACAUUUUAUGAGAAACUAUUCCACCAGUCAUUUUGCUUCUAUCACCGGCUCUUACGCUGCACAAGAGCUAGAAGAUGGAGGAAGUGUUUCUUUUGCAGAGGAAAUUGCUCGUAAGAAACGUAGGGCAAGCAUGUCCUCCGCCACAGAUGAACUCACCCAAUAUUUAUCAGAGCCUCCUGCUUCAAUAGCAACAGAUGUCUUGGAAUGGUGGAAGGUGAAUAGCACGCGUUACCCACGGUUGUCAGUGAUGGCUCGGGACUUUUUAGCUGCACAACCGACUGCUUUGGCGCCUGAAGACCUUUUCUGCAGCAAAGGUGAUGAGAUAGAGAAGCAGAGGUUCUCAACACCCUACGAGAGCACUCAAGCAUUGCACUGUGUGAAGUCAUGGAUGCAAGGUGGAUUCAAGUUGAAGUAUAAAUCAACUGAAAUUGAUUAUGAGAGGUUAAUGGAACUAGCAACCGCUACAGCAGCUGAAAGUUCUAUGGCUGGUUCCGACAAGAAGCAGAAAUCAUGAUUGGUUUUUAAUUGAUGAAACUGAAGGGACCUAAUUGAGGCCAUAGAAUGGGUGAUAAACAUUAAAUCAGAGGUUCAUCUUUUCCAACUUUUGUUCUGUGUAAUAUGUAGAUUUAUCAUUUGUUUAGUGUACAGGUUUGACUAGACAAAACACUAACCCGAGACAAUGAAUUUUAUGUUAUUAGUAAUCGUAGAGCAACUAUCAACAUCAUUUUUUUUCUUCAAGUGCUGGUAACAACAGGGUAGUGGUUGUCAUUUUUUUUU